GGCUAAUCUCUAUUUGUGGCUCGCUUCCUCCACGUACCCAAACUUCAAGCCCAAAUUAUCUAUGGUUAAUGGGGAUACAAGAGGGAUAGAUUACUAGUACAGGCCCCUACUAGCGCAGAGCCAGGCUGACCGCCUUCCCUUUAAAAACCGCAAACUACAAACCGGCGAAACAAUCCUCCGAUUAUCAGAUAACAGCGACACCCAACCAGCUUUUAACCAAGCUCGCAUACACCAAAAACAGCACAAUCACGGUCACAAAAUGCCCUCAUCCUCACUAGCCGAUUACCUCGCGAAGAACUAUCUAACCGCGGAUCCCGCCACCGAGCGACCAAAAAAGAAGCGCAAGAAGACCAAGGAAGUCGACACCGCCGCGCAAGGCCUGAUCAUUGCCGAUGACGACCCGCCCGAUCUCAAGAGCUCCGCGGCGAACUUUAUGAACGAUGACGAGGAUGGUCCGUCCGUCGUGGCGUCUGGCCGGAGUGCGGAGUUCCGGCGUACGAAAAAGUCGAAUUGGAAGACUCUAGGCGGUGCCGGGAACGAGCAGGACGCUGCGGAUGCGAUUAUCGCGUCGGCUGCGGCUGAGAAUGCGGCGCGGAGGAAUGAAGGGGGGGAUGAUGAUGCGCCUGCUGUGGUUGAGGGGGAGGAUGAGGAUGAUGGGGGGAUGAGGAUGGAGUCUGGCGCGAGGGCGGGUCUACAGACUGCGGCGCAGACGGCUGCGAUGGUUGCUGCGCAGGAACGGCGGAAGAAGGCAGAGGCUGCGCUGUACAAGGAUAGUCCGGCAGGGGGGCAAGCGCAGGAGACGAUUUAUCGUGAUGCGUCGGGACGAAUCAUUAAUGUGGCUAUGAAGCGGGCGGAGGCGCGGAAGGCGGAGCAGGAGAAGCUGGAGAAGGAGGAACAAGCGAAGGAGGCACUGAUGGGCGAUGUCCAGCGGCAAGAACGUGAGAAACGUCGAGAGCAGCUUCAGGAAGCGCGGGCCAUGCCUGUUGCCCGGACGGUCGAUGAUGAGGAUAUGAAUGAUGAGUUACGGGCCCGACAGCGGUGGAAUGACCCGGCUGCACAAUUCUUGACCAACAAGGGUCCUGGGAAGAGUGCAACCGGGAAGCCUUUAUACAAAGGAGCUUUCCAGCCGAAUCGAUACGGACUCAGGCCGGGGCAUCGGUGGGAUGGAGUGGACCGCAGUAAUGGGUUCGAGAAAGAGUGGUUUGCAGCUAGGAAUCGGAAGGGAAGAUUGGAGGCGCUGGAUUACCAAUGGCAGAUGGAUGAGUGAUAUGGCAGACAUGAGAAUGGCUUCCUUUACUAGGACUUGGUUCAGUGCUGGACACUGGAGAGCCGUGUGACAUUAUAAUCCUGAUAUAUUACUGACAUAAAAUGAUUUCAAUACUCGCCUUUUCGUAAUCGAUAUGCCUCAAUUAUAUAUACCAGCACUUAACUCGGUAUUUGACUCGUCAUUGAUGAAGGUACC